AUGAUUUUGCAUUUCUAGGGAGAAGAACUGUUUGUAAACAAAACAGUUCUCCUCCCUGUCAGCUCAUGCACACUGCUUUGGAUGGCUGUGCACAGUACAGUCAUGCAAAGCAGUGUGAUUACAAUGAAGCACAAAUACACUGCCCCCUAGUAAAACACACCCAGCACACAGUUAACCCUUUGAUCGCCCCUCAUGUUAACCCCUUCCUGCCCAGUGCCAUUACUACAGUGUCAGUGCGUUUUUUAGCACUGAUCACUGUGGUGUCACUGGGGAUGUCAGUGACACCAAGUCAGUUUCGCCCAGUGUCAGAAUGCCCGCCGCAGUCCUGCAAUCCCGCUAUAAGUCGCUGAUCACCGCCAUUACUAGUAAAAA